UGGCCACUGGGUUCCAUGAGAUGCUGGAGGAGGAUGAAGAGGGGGAGGGGCCUCCGGAAGAGGGGGGCGGGGCCUUGACCCCCCCCCUGCUCCUCGCUGUGGUCGCGGCCGCCCUGAGCUCGGUGCAAGUGGGAUUCAAUGUGGGGGUGCUGAAUGUGCCCUAUAGGGCUCUGUCCAACACGUCUCUAUGGCAACGCGGCCCCUCCCCCCCCGUGGCUGUUCCCCUCCUCCCCCUCGGGGCUGUUCCCGCAGCUCUGGCGGCGGCGCCGGCGGCUGAGAGGCUGGGACGGAAAGGCGCCCUAUUGGCCAGCAAUGGGCUGGCUGUGAUUGGAGGAGCCCUGAUGGGCGGGGCCGAGCUUGGCCCCACCUACGCCCUGGUCGUCAUUGGCCGGUUGGUCACCGGCCUCCACUCAGGCCUGGCCUCGGGAUUGGUCCCCUUGUACGUGGAGGAGGUGGCCCCGCCCCCCCUGCAGGGGGCGCUGAGCGCCGCCCACGAGGCCGGAUUCGCCCUCGGGCUGCUGACGUCACAGGUCCUGGCUCUGCCCCCAUUGCUGGGCUCUGUCCGGUCUCUCCCGGCGCUCCUGGCACUGGGAAUGCUUCCGGCCGCGCUCCAGCUGCUGCUGCUGCCAAUGGGGCCGGGGGGGGCCCACGGCGCAUGCGCAGGCCCCGCCCCCCGCCUGGGGCUGCCGCAGCUGUGGGGGCGGGGCCAGCUCCGGCAGCCAAUGGCGAUCGUGGUGGGGGCGGCGCUGGGCAAGGAGCUGGCUGGGAUUGGAGCGCUCUAUUACUACUCGACGGCCAUCUUUGAGAGGGCGGGGCUUCCGCAGCCCACGUGGGCCACGGUGGCCACUGGCGUCAUCAACAUGGCCGCCACGCUGGCGGCGGGGGCGCUGUGGCGCAGGGCGGGGCGCAGGGCGCUGCUCAUGGGGGGGCUGCUGGGCAUGGCCCUGAGCUCGGUGGUGAUGACAAUGGGGAUGAGCAUGAAGGCCCCAUGGCCGCUGCCCCCCACCCUGGCUAUGGGGGGGGGUCUGCUCCUGGUCUCCUCCUUCGCUAUGGGGCCAGGGCUCAUCCCAAGGCUGCUCCCAAUGGAGCUGAUCCCGAUCCCAGCGCGUGCGGCUGCUGCUGGUGUCACUGCAGCCAUGGCCUGGGCUGGCAAUGGGGCUGUGGCGGCUGCUGUGCCCCAUAUGGAGCUCUCCCUUGGUCCGUUCCUGUUCCUCCCCUUUGGGGUCCUUGCGGCUGUUUCUGCCCUUGGGGUGUUCCUGUUCCUGCCUGAGACCCGCGGGGCCCCCCUGGGCCCCCCCAAACCCAGCACUGAGCUGCAGCUGCUGGGGGGGUCCUGAGGGAGCCAAAACUGACCCAAAACUGACCCAAAAUGAGACAAAACUGACCCAAAUUGACCCAGGACUGACCCAAAUUGACCCAAAACGACCCAAUAUGACCCACAAUUGACCCAAACUGACCUAAAUUGACCCAAAACUGACCUAAAUUGACCCAGAAUUGACCUAAAUCGACCCAGAACUGCUCAAAACUGACCCAAAAUGACCCAAAUUGACCCAAAACUGCUUAAAACAAGACAAAACUGACCCAAAUAGACCCAAAACUGACCUAAAUUGACCCAAAACUGACCCAAACUGCCCUAAACCCCCCAAAACACUCCAA